CUUUGUUUCCUCUCAGAAUCAGAGAAUUCACAAAGAGUGGAACACCGAAAAUCAUUCUUCCGUCUCUGCCAAUCUCUCGAAUCAAAAUAUGGCUAUCGAAGUGUGCGUGAAGGCUGCUGUUGGUGCUCCGGAUGUUCUCGGCGACUGUCCAUUUAGCCAAAGGGUUCUUCUAACUCUCGAGGAGAAGAAUCUUCCUUACAAGAUGCAUCUGAUCAACGUGAGCGACAAACCCAAGUGGUUCUUGGAUGUUAACCCGGAGGGAAAGGUUCCGGUGAUGAAGUCCGAGGACAAAUGGGUGCCUGAUUCCGAUGUCAUUGUCGGGAUUAUCGAGGAGAAGCAUCCAGAACCUUCUCUCAAGACUCCCCCUGAGCUUGCCUCUGUGGGAUCUAAGAUCUUCGGCUCGUUCGUGACGUUCCUAAAGAGCAAGGACGCAAAUGAUGGCUCUGAGAAGGCCUUGCUCGAUGAAUUGAAGGCCUUAGAUGAUCAUCUCAAGGCGCAUGGUCCAUAUGUUGCUGGUGAGAAAGUGACUGCAGUGGAUUUGAGCUUGGCACCGAAGCUGCACCACCUCGAGGUUGCUCUCGGCCAUUUCAAGAACUGGUCUGUUCCUGAAAGCUUGAGCAAUGUCCGCAACUACAUGAAGGCGUUGUUCUCGCGGGAGUCCUUUGAGAAAACAAAGGCCGCAAAAGAGUACGUGAUUGCGGGUUGGGCGCCCAAGGUGAACGCGUAAGCUUGGACGGGUUUGCGUUGUGCAACGGCUACUACGAAGAAGAUAAUGUGUGAUGGCUAUAACGAGAUGUGUCAUGGCAUAUAGCUAUGUGCUUAUUCAAUAAUGCGAUUGUGCUCUGUAUGCGUCUGUCCACUUUAUGUCAUCUUUGGUAUAUUCCUAUGUAUUGGUAACAAGGAAACCGAAACUUGCCCCUAUCUUGAAAUAAGACGAGUGUUUCCACA